GAGCGGGGGCGGUGCCAGGCGGAGCGGGGGCGGUUCCAGGCGGAGCAAUCGCAGCGCCGAGCAUCCUCCAUGGUUGAUGCCCGGCGGCUUCCCCAAUCAACUCGCACCCAUCCAUGAGCGCGACCCGCGUUCACCGCCGGUCACGCGUGCUCCUCGUGAACCUCACACCACCCUCUCCUCCUCCUCCUCCCCCCUCAGUGUUCACGCGUUAAACGGGGAGGAGACGGCGACAACGGAACAUCGCCGUGGUGACCGCAUGGCGGGGGAGAGAGAAAGCCACGCGAAGUCGUCGUCAAGGAAAGCCGCGGCCGCCGAAGGCCCGUCGACUCGUGUCGAGUUCUCGAUGCAGGCCGAGGAGCAGUUGCCGGCAUCGUGCGUCGCCAUGUGCCCCGAGGGGGAACGCGCCGAGCGCGAGCGCAAGCGGCGACUCCAUCGCCUCGAGCUGCUGCCGGGCUCCGAACGGGAGCGGCUGCCCAGGGCCGACCCGGCUCGUGCUGUCAAGGAGUACUCGCGCCCGGCCGCCGGCAAGCACCGGCCGAGGGCCUCGGAGCUGCGUCCCCCGGCCGUGCUGCUGCGCACCGUCGACUACUUAAUCGACGGCGUGCUGUGCCCGGCAGACGAGGCGUCGGCGCGCUCCACGCCGUUCGCCGAAGCCUACGAGUUCACCUUCGACCGCCUGCGCGCCGUGCGCCAGGAUGCGGUGGUGCAGCGCGCCGGAGGGCCGCACAUCGUGCUCGUGCUGGAGAAGAGCGUGCGCGUGAUGGUCUACGCCACCUACCGCCUCUGCGAGGAGACGCUCGCCCGCUUUGAGCCCACCAUCACCGACUGCCACCUGCAGGAGUGCUUCAGCUGGCUGCUGCGGAACUACUCAUCCGAGCGCUGCCACAACGAGGGCGACUUCCAAGCCCUGCACCUCCUCUACAACAUGGGUUCCUUCAAAGCAAUGCACUACGCAUUGCAGCGACCGCCAGAGAUCCGGAACUCCCAGGUCAUGCGACUUGCCUUGGACAUAAAUCGCUGCUACCUCGAGGGGAAUUUUGUGCGCUUCUUCAGACUGGUGCGGCACCUCCCCUUCCUGCACAGCUGUGCCGCACAUCGCCACUUCCGGUUCGUGCGGCAGCAGGCGCUGCGCACCUACUCGCACGGCCAUAGCGUGCGCAACUGCCGCUACCCGCUGGCGCGUCUGUCGGAGCUGCUGGGUUUGGACAGCGCCGGCGAGGCGCGGAGCCUGUGCCAACACUGCGGCAUCUUGGUCGGCGAAGAUGGUUGCAUCGCCUUUCAGAAAACAGCCAUGAAAGCCCCUGUGGAUCUGCCGAAGUCGGCUCGGUGCGUCGCCCUUGUGGACAGCAAGCGCGAGGAGUGGACCCUGAGAGAGAUCCUCCAUGGCUUGCAGCACCAAGAGGAAGACGCUGCCUAAUUGGUGUAUGCUUGUGCUAUUGGGAAUUAUUGGCAGUUUCCACAAUGGAGAGGUCUAAUUUUUUAAGAUAUAUUUUAAAGUAUUUUUUUACACCCGUUUCAAUAAAUGCGUAUAAUUGUAAAA